UCCCACUCAACAUGGCGACCUAGUGGAUCCUCCACGCUCGUUUGUUGACAUAUAUUUAAAAACCAAACUUGUGCUGUAUUAGUGGAUUUACAUCAACUACAAACAUGUCGAGACUCAUCGUUAAAAACCUCCCUAAUGGGAUGAAGGAGGAGAGGUUCAGGUCCAUGUUUGCUGCUUUCGGCACCGUGACAGACUGCACCCUGAAGUUUACCAAGGACGGCAAGUUCCGCAAGUUCGGCUUUGUGGGUUUUAAAGCGGAGGAAGACGCGACCAGAGCUCUGACACAUUUCAACAAGAGCUUCGUGGACACCUCCAGAGUGACGGUGGAGAUGUGUAAAGCCUUUGGAGACCCCACGAAAGCAAAAGCCUGGAGCAAACACACCCAGAGCUCAGGCCCGGAGAAACCCUCCACUGCUGCAGACGCUGACAGCAAAAAGAAAAAGAAACAGAAAAAGGAAACUGACAGCGCACUUGGAAAUCUGGAAGAGGACCAGGGAUUUAAGGAGUUUCUAUCAGUGCAUCAGAAUCGAAGCCAAGCGCCAACCUGGGCCAAUGACACCGCGCCACAAACAGCUGGUCCUGACAGUGGACGGGCGAAGGCUCCGGGCAAGAAGAAGCCGGCUUCAGAUGACUACCUCAACUUUGAUUCAGACCAGUCAGAGGAGGAGGAGGAGGUCAAAGAUGACGAGGAUGAGGAUGAGGAUGAGGAUGAAGGUACCACUAAAGAAGCCCUGAAGUCUGGCUUAUCUGAUAUGGAGUACCUGCGCUCAAAGGUGGCAAAGACGGACGACACACUGGAGGAGGGUGAAGAGGAGCGUGAUGAUGAAGGUGAUGAAGACGAGGAGUGUGGUCCCGUGCCGCACACAGACAGCGCCUACGAGAGCGGCGACAGAGAAAACACCACGAAGACUAAAACCCCAGUUUCCUCUGAGGAUAAGAAGCCGAGCAAAGCAAAGAAAACUGCCAAGCAAGAGAUGGAGCCAACGACAGAGUUCACAGUGAAGCUGAGAGGAGUCCCGUUCAAUGUUAAAGAACAUCAAAUUCGAGAGUUCAUGAUGCCACUGAAGCCUGCAGCAAUAAGGAUCGGGAAGAACGAAAGUGGAAAUAGAACAGGUUAUGUAUAUGUGGAUUUGCACUCUGAUGAACAGGUGGAAAAGGCUUUGAAAAGGAAUAAAGACUACAUAGGUGGACGUUACAUUGAGGUCUUCCGUGUCGAUGCCUCUGGGGGUAAAGGCAGGAGAGACAGGAAAGACAAAGAAAUUGACAGAAACUUUACCAGGAAGCUGAAGGAGGACGAGGAGGAGGAAGAUGUUGCAGAGUCGGGUCGACUCUUCGUCAGGAACCUUCCUUACACCUGCACUGAGGAAGACAUCAAAGAACUAUUUACUAAACAUGGUCCUUUAUCUGAGGUGCUCUUCCCUAUUGACAAUCUAACCAAGAAGCCUAAAGGAUUCGCUUUCAUAACGUACAUGAUACCAGAGAAUGCUGUGACAGCUCUGGCUCAGCUGGACGGACAUGUAUUUCAGGGCAGGAUGCUUCACCUGCUUCCCUCCACGUUAAAGAAGGAGAAGACCGACUCUUCAGAUGCUGGUGGUCCCGGCUCUUCUUCUUACAAACGGCAAAAAGAUGCUAAAAAUAAAGCUUCAAGUACGAGCUCCCACAACUGGAACACCUUGUUUCUGGGCACAAGUGCCGUGGCAGAUGCCAUCGCUGAAAAAUACAACACCACAAAAAGCCAAGUCCUGGACCACGAGUCAAAGGGAAGUCUCGCAGUAAGGAUGGCUCUGGGAGAGACGCAGAUUGUUCAGGAGACUCGGCAGUUUCUACUAGACAACGCUGUCAGUCUGGAUUCUUUUAGUCAGGCAGCAGCAGCGAGAAGUACAACAGUGAUCCUGGUGAAGAACCUUCCAGCUGGAGUGACGGCGUCUGAGUUGGAGGAGCUUUUCUCACCUCACGGGUCUUUGGGACGAGUGCUGCUGCCGCCCUCAGGGCUCACCGCCAUCAUCGAGUUCCUCGAGCCAACUGAGGCGAAGCGAGCGUUCACGCGGCUGGCCUACAGCAAGUUCCAUCACGUCCCGCUGUAUUUAGAGUGGGCACCUGUGGGGGUGUUUACGGCAGCCAGACCAGAAUCAGUCCAAGUAUUAGAAAAAGAGGAGGCAACGAAAGAGCAGAAGAAGGAUAAAGAGGAGGAAGAAGAGGAGGAAGAAGAGGAGGAGGAAGCUGCUCCUGGUUCCACACUUUUCAUUAAAAAUCUGAAUUUCAACACGACAGAGGAGAAACUGCAGGAGACAUUCUCCAAAUGUGGCAAGAUCACAUCCUGCACCAUCUCCAAGAAGAAAGAUAAAGCAGGCAAGAAGCUGUCCAUGGGCUACGGGUUUGUUCAGUAUCAGACAGCAGAGGCAGCACAGAAAGCCCUGAGACAACUACAGCACUGCUCUGUGGAUGAUCACCAGCUAGAGCUGAAGAUUUCUGAGAGAGCAACGAGGACUACUGAGGUGUCACGUAAGAAGAGGCAAGACGAGAAGAAACAGACGGGAUCCAAGAUCCUCGUGAGAAACGUCCCCUUCCAGGCCACCGUCAGGGAAAUACGGGAACUCUUUUGUACAUUUGGCGAGCUGAAGACAGUCCGUCUUCCAAAGAAAGCAGCUGGUUCUGGGAAUCACAGAGGGUUUGGCUUUGUUGACUUUAUCACCAAACAGGACGCAAAGAAAGCAUUUGCUGCACUGUGCCACAGCACCCAUCUGUACGGGAGACGCCUCGUGCUGGAGUGGGCUGAUGCCGAGGACACAGUAGAGACACUGAGACGGAAAACAGCAGAACAUUUUCAUGUGGUGGGGAAAAAGCAGAGGAAGACAGAAGUUAUGGAGGGAAUUCUGGAGGCGAUGGAGACUGGAGGAGGGGAAGAAGACUGAGCUCAUUAAAUGCUGUUAUCCCUGUUGAAGCCUCGACUCUGACCAGUGUUCCUGUGUGUUCUGUAUAAAUAGGACUGUGAACAAAAUAAGGACCUGAGUGGCAGAAGUGCAGAAGGAGCAUUUGUAAUGAAUCUAUCUGGAAGUUUUUGGAACUUCUGAAUUUCUUACAUUACAUGUUUUGUAUAGAAUGAUGCCUCAAAAAAAUAUGAAAUGACUGAAGUCAGUUUUUAUAUAAAAUUUUUAUGUCAUUCUUUGAAAGUUUUACGUCUCAUCUUGUGUGUGUGUUUGUAAACUGUUUAACAAUGAGUGUCUUUUCCUAAUUAUGAAAGUUUUUAUUACUCAAUAAAAAAUGUCA